UAUAUAAUUACACGCGGUUUACGGGACAAUAACAGCGGUAGCAAAGAGGCGGCCAGUGUCACCAGUAUAAUCAACUACUAUUAUGGGUUCUUAGCUCCUCACGAGUACCUUGAGUUUGUAAAUAUUAGCAGCCCCUAUUAGGCGAAUUGAAAAUGAAUGCCGAGAAAAGGAAAAUGAAGAUCCUGGCAAUUCAUGGGUAUUAUCAAUCUGGUCCUAUUUUCCGUUCUAAGCUGGGAUCAUUGAGGAAAGGAUUCAAAAAUAUUGAGUUUAUAUUUGCUGAAGCUCCUCACGAAGUUCCUCCAGAGCAAUUUGCCAAAGAUGGAGAAGAUACUGUUGCAGGGAAAGGCUGGUGGUUCAACACGGAAAAGUAUUACUUCAAAGCAACAGAGCCAAGUAACUUGUCAGUAGGCUAUGAGGAAAGUUUGGCAUACAUUGAAAAAUUAAUCCACGAAAAGGGACCCUUCGAUGGAAUUCUUGGAUUUUCUCAAGGCGCAUCUUUUGUCUCGAUUCUUUGCGCUUUGCAGCAGAAAAAAUUAUCACCAAUCAAUUUCAAGUUUGCUGUCUUGAUAUCUGGAUUCAAAUCCCUGUGUGCUCUUCAUGCAGAAUUCUAUGAUGAACCCAUCGACUUACCAACACUUCACGUAUAUGGAGAAACUGAUAGGAUUAUCCCAACAGGGGAAGAUUAGAGUAACGUAAUAGUGCUGUGAGUGGUGGCAAGGGGAAAUAUGAUUCCGAAACGUCGAAAGAGCUCAGUGACCUGUUUAUCAAUAGGAAAAUUAUAAUUCAUGAGGGUGGCCACUAUGUCCCAAGUAAAAAAUCGAUAUACCAGGAUUUCUUCAAUGAAAUGAAUAUAAAUAAUUUAUGAACGUAUAUGUAUAAAUAGUUUAUGAACGUAAAAGUCAAAACUCAGGUUGAUAUUAAAUAUGUUUCCCAUA